AUGCCUGUCAAGACUUCUGACGUUCUCACUAUCCCCGAGGAGGGCAAGUGGAAGAGCACCCCCAUUACCUGGAAGCAGAGCUUCAAGGACUACAACAAAAACUAUCUUCGCAUUGAGUUUACCAAUACUCGUGACGGCGAGGCUGAGAAGACCAAUUAUCUCUUCGUCUCGGAGGAGUUGCUUGACAACUUCAAGUCGUCCAAGAUCCAAAAGACCGACUCAGGGUUCAAGCUCACGGUCGACGAUGGCUACGUCUAUGGCCAGCAAAAGGGAGGCAAAAAUCGAUUUCUCGUGUACCACGAUAAGGACCGGCCGAUUUUCCAGCACCGCUUUGUUGAGGGUACCAUGGUUGCCAUUUCUAAGCAGGCGACUGAUAUUAGUGCGAAGCUGGGUUAUGGUGAAGUGAAGAUGGUAUCAAGCAUUCUAAGUGGUAUUGUCGGAAACAAGCUUCACCCUAUGAGCGAGGGCUGA